UUCCCCCUCCACCAGAUCACCCCUUUUCAACACAGGACAUAUUAUUUGGGUAAUUAUGUCAAGUAACUGCAACAAAAUUGAUGGGUGUCUGGAUAGAAACAAAAUUGAAUUUAUAGCAAUGCUACCUCUUUCUGGUUGUUUUGGAUUGAUUUGGUUGUCCUUAAUAUAUUUAGGUGUUUUAAAUUCAUAAGAGUGUCCUGAAUUUAUUUCAUCAAGAAUAUGGGUUCAUAGUCUAUUAGUCAAGCUGUGCUUUAAAAGCCUGUUGCUCUGGAGAAUAGACUAACCUCAGAAAGACUGAGAACAGUUAUUCUUCAGACUUAAGUGACAGGUUUCACUUUUAAAAAAUUACCAGUUUUGAACUUAAAGUCUAUAGAAAAGCCUUAAGAAAGCUUUUUGUUCCCCUGUUUUAUUUGCCUUAUUUUAAAAUUGUAUAUUUCAUUAAAAACUUCCCAAGAAUUUAGUGCCCUAAUUUCUAAAAAUUAUGUUAGUACAUUAUAUUUUUUGCCUUAUCACAGUGAAGACCAGCAGACACACCAGAAACUACUUGUUCUCUCUACUAGGAUUCAACAGUAGGACUUAAAACAGUUGUUUUUUUGGCCACCUUUGGCAUAGUUACAUGUUUUCCUAAUAGUUAGUCAGAUACAAGUGGGAGGAAUGAAAGCAGGAUUUAACAUUUCUCUAGAGGCUCCCAGAUUGAAGCCUCCGCUUGGAUAUCAUGAGAAGGUACUUGGUUUGCAAUUUCAAAUGAGGUUAUAGCCUUUGAAGGAAAUUAUAGAGCCUAGGAAAUUAUUUUAUUUCAACUAAAAGAUUAAGGCCUUUAUAAUCUCAUUUAGUUUUGUGUUCAAAUAGGAGGGAAACAUUUUCAUCUGUAGAAUUUAUGCUGAGGAAAUACAAAUGACAUUAUCAAGUACCCCUUUAACUGGUGUUUAGACCCAAAGAAGAGCAAUGUUAGACUUGCUGAAGUAUUUCAGAUCACACUAACAUUAAUGAAAUCACUCAUCAGUGCUGAGUGGUAACAGUCAUUGUUGCAUGUGUUUCCAAUGACUUGAGAACCUUCUGUGUUUGGUUGCUGGAAUGUUGCCAUGGAGACAGUGCUGGGUGUGGUGCAGUGAACUGUGGAAUCAGUGGGGUCCCAGGCUGCCCAGGCUCGGAGCUAGGCUAUCUGACAAGUCUGCAGUGCAUCAAAGCCACAUUCACCAUGAACCAGCUGAGGAAGCUGGUGGAGCCCAUCAGUAAAACUGUCAAGAGCUGUAAGUACUGACCAGACAUCCAGCACUGCCUGAGCAUAUUUAUUCAAAUAGAAACUUAGUAGACAUACUAGUUGGACGUUAAGGAGUGCUUUGUAACUUUCAAAAUGGAGUUCCUCUCUUUCCUAUAUAAUACCUUAGUCUCUGUAAAAAAUAAGAUAGCAAGUGAACAAUUAUUGCUACACUUAUGCUGAAAAUAAUGAUCAGGUGUCCUAAAAUAUAUUUUUGUAUGGGAAGAGAAGCUUGAGAAUUUACAUGACAUAAGUGCUAAAGGAUUAUCUGCCAACCAAGGACCGAUUUUAUUAUAAUCUGAAAUUUAAUAAGAUUUCAAAGUUCAAAGGUUUACUUUGACAUUUCCCUGAGUUCUUUGGCACAAAAUCCAUUUAAGUAGAUUGCUCUACUUCAGGGGAUUGGUAGAGAUACGUAACCAGAGAUAAUAUAGAUGUUGAAAUAGCGUGGUGCUUUAAACAUAGCAAGUGUUUAUUAAAACUAGUGUAACAGGUUUGGGGGGAUUCCUUGCCCUGACCUUAAAAAGUAAUCUUGUGAAUGUUUUUUUCUCAGGCAUGACCACAAAUCCUGACCUACAAUUCUGAGAAUGUUUUCAGAAUUUGAGGAAAUUACUUUUACAUCAGCCACUUGCGCAGCCCAUUUUGGGGCCCUUCCACUCUCUCUCGUGUGCCCUCCCUGGUCAGGGUAGGUCCCACCUUUCUAAGUCUCCCUGUGCCUGCCCGGGGUCCCCAGGCAGGGCGCAUCAGUAUCCUCCCUCUCUUCCUCCCUCCCUCCUCUCCUCCUCUCUCUCAAAAAAGACAGAAGGAAAAAGAAAAUGCAGCUUCCUGGGCACACCUAAGUAUAUUUAAACAUCUCUGGAAGCAGGCCAGGCACCCAGAUGGUUCUAUGUAUUGUAGACACUAAAGUUGGAGGAUUCCUGACCAGAAUUAUCUUUUCCAGGUGAAACUUAAUCUUGUCAGCCUAAUGUCAGUUUCAUUUGAUAGAUUGGGAAUUGACCUAGUCUUUCACAUGUUGUUUUGCCAUAAUUUUUACACUUAAAUCUCUCUAACCUAUGUGAGGAAUUUGAAAACUUCUAAUGAUGUCAUGUUUGCUUCAGCUGAUCAUUUUGGCCUUUAGAUGUUACUGUCAUCCAGCAUAUUCCUUCACCUCUCCACAUUGCAACAGCUUGAUGGUUACAUAGGGAACAUUUGACAGCUUCCCAUCAUGCUCUGUAGGCUCUGCAUGGUAAUGAAUCGGUCCCAACAUAAUAAUGAUAAGAGAUACUGUCACAUGGCUGUUAAAAUUGAAAUACUUUUGUGGACUGUGUUUCUCUGAUCCACUCCUAUUGGGGGAGAAUGAAGCUAAAUGUGGCAUGACUUGCCGUUGUGGGUUCAUGAGCCCCCCACCCCCCUGAGUGUUCGUGAGUUUUUCAUGCAGUUGUUUCUUCUGGCACUUAGCCCAGGACCACUUACAGGCCAACUAGUUCGGUACUUGGCUUUCACUUUAUUUGUGAGCCGUAACAGUGGGUAUGCCUACACAGCUCGUAGGCACACUUAAUUUCCUCACUAUGUUCUACUGAGAGGGCUUAGCAAUAUUAACACCCCAGUAGCCACAGCACACCAAGCACCCAAACCUUGGUUUCAGAGUAGCAAUCACCAAUUUAGAAAAACAGGAUUUCUUGACAAAGCUGAACUGAGCAUAGAGGGAAAGCGGCACUAAUUUGUUUCCCCCCCCAACACUUCUGCCACACUCCUCCAUCUGUCACUACGUUCGCCACCUGUGGUGCUUUCUCCCAGGAAGCAGUUCUCGGAUACCAGCCGGCUGUCCUACAUUUAACUCAGUUCCAACACUACCUGGAGAUGGGAUGAAAUCCCACAGGUUAAGAGUUCAGCCCCCCUCCCCCGUCUUUAGAUGCCAAUUCCAAGUCCAGGAGGUUAUCUGUGCUGCAGAUUCUGACCAACUGGCUGUGAAUCUCAGGUUCCAACAACCCCUUCCUUCGGUUCAAUUAACUUGCUAGAGCAGCUCACAGAACCUAGGAGACAGUUUACUUACUAGAUGAGCAAUUUAUUAUGAAAAGAUAGGAACAGCCAGCUGGAAGAGGUGCAAAGGACGGCAUGUGGGGAGGAUUGCAGAACUUCUGUGCUUGCUUCUAAGCACCUUUGUGUUCAGCCCAGAACAUCCCCAAACCCUGCAUGUUGGUGGUUUUCCUGGAGCCUUCUCAUUUACAUGAUCGAUCAUCAGUAGUUUCUAGCUCCUCCCUGAAGGAUGGUGGAUGGGGCUGAAAGGCCCAAGUUUUUAAUCUCAGCUUGGUCUUUCUAUGACCUGGAGCCACCAACAGUCAUGAGAACAAAAGCCAUUCCUGUCACCCAGGAAAUAGAAAUUUAGGAUUUAGGAGCUUCGUUUGGAACUCGGGCCACAAGAUGCUCCUCCUGCUUGUGUCACUUAGGAAACCACACGGUUGCAGGAGCUCUGCACGAGGAACGAGGCAGAGGCCAACACGUCUUCUUUCUUGUUCUCUCUCAGGUGAUAGAGGUGAGGCAGGUGGGUCGUGCCAGAAAGCAAGUAAAUGUGGAAAAGCAGAAGGAUGGGGGCAUGUGAAACAGGAGCCAGCCUGAAAACCCCCCAGUGGCCAAAGCUGGAGCAAUUUGAGAACAAAAUAGCAAUAUUGGUAUAAAUUAUAUGUGACUCCAUAGCGACAUAACUAAAUGAAAGGAAGAGAGACAGCUUUCUUACAGAGGAAUUCUGAAUAAUGGUAUAGAUCCCUUCCCAAGGAGUGGCACCUGACUCCCUUUUCUUUGAAGAGACUGGCCUGUAAAGAAGAUUCUGGAGAAGGAAAACAGUCAUUACAGUGGAGAAACCUGUACUCUAGCUUAACCAAGUGAUUGAGGCCACACGUAUGCUCCCAAAGUGUGAUGACAAGAAUAAUACUAUCUUGUAGUCUCCCAGAAAACAUGAAUGGUCUAAUUAUGAGGGAAAUGUUAGACACAGCUAAAUUAAGGAACAUUCUUAAAGUAAGAUCAAGGAAAACUGAAAACUCAGAGGAAGCAUGACAGCCAAAUGAAUCCUGGAAUAAAAAAGCAAAACACUAGUGGAAAACCUGUCAAAAAAAGUGAAGUAGAGUGUCUGAUAAUACUUUUUCAGCGCUUGGUGGGAAAAGCCAGUGUGCGACUUGAUAACGCUGGACUAGACCGUAAUGCCUUCCGGACCGUCCUGUACAGCUUGUUUGGGAUGACUGAUGAGAAGCUAAUGAACAGGGUAUUUUUUGCAUUUGACAAAGACAAUGACAACUGCAUAAACAUAAAUGAGUGGGUUGCAGGAUUAUCAGUGUUUCUUCGAGGGACUUUUGAAGAAAAGCUGAAAUUCUGUUUUGAAGUUUACUAUUUGAAUGGUGACGAUGGCCACAUUUCUCAAGAGGAAAUAUUUGACCUGUUGAGGAACAGCCUACACCAACUGUCAUCUAAGGAAGAGACUGAUGAAGGAGUAAAAGAGCUGGUAGACAUAACACUGAAGAAAAUGGAUUAUGACAACGAUGGCAAGAUAUCUUUUGCAGACUUUGAGAAAGCAGUGAAGGAAGAGAGACUUCUGUUGGAGGUGUUUGGACAAUGUUUACCGGAAGCAAAGAUUUGUCUUGAUUUUGAAGCCCUGGCAUUCAGACACCUAAACACAUCAUGACUUCUAGUUUUUUAAUGUGAAUCACUCAAUACUUGUAUUAAAAUAAAAAA